UGGGUGGAGAAGUGCACAGAUAGGCUUUUUUGGCGACCCUGAUAGGAAAUUAGAAAAGCCCAAAGAGAGUGAUAAAUGUACUUAUAUGCUUACUGAGCUACUGCUGCCCAUCCGCAGUCAUGGUAAACAAGUUCCGCAGGCAAAUUGAUGAAGCCUCUUCCAUUUCUAACAUUUCUCAACCCAAAUUCUGCAAGAUCAUUUUUUGCCCACAUGAAUUAUGCAGUCUCAGGAUUCCAGAAGAAUUUGCCAACAGAUAUUGCAAGAACAUGCUAAACCCUGUGUAUCUUGAGGUUCCCAGUGGAGAAGUAUGGGAGGUUGAAGUGCAACAUUCUGAAGGCCAAAUUUGGCUAGCUGAAGGAUGGAAGGAUUUCAGCGACUAUUACUCAAUAAGACGCGGACACUUUUUGAUGUUCGGAUACAAUGCUCGUUCUCAUUUUAAUGUCACUAUAUUUGAUUUGAGUGCAGCAGAAAUUGAAUAUCCAACAGCAGAGACUGAGUCGGAUGAUUCUAUAGAUAUUUCGGAUGUGGUUGAGCAUUCUUCUCUAAAUCUGAGCCAUGAUCCCUUAAUACAGGAGAGAAAAAGGGAAAGACAAGAAGGGGAAGAAGAGGAUGAUAGUCCAGUUGAACAUCAAACUAAUGUAAUCGAGGAAGAAGAGUCUCAACGGAAUGUAGUUUCACUAGUAAUAAGUGAAGACUGCGAGGAGCACGAGCAACAAUCCAACAUUGUUACCAGUAAGAGCGAGGCAGAGAGCAACGAAGAGAUAGCUGAUAACUAUCAAAGAGCAAAAGCUUUUAAAUCUAAGAAUCCAUUCAUAUUAUCUAUUAUGCGUCCAUCGUAUGUCUCGAGACCACACACUCUGUACAUACCAUUGAAAUUUGCUAGGAUGUAUUUAAUGCGGAACAGUGGCAAUAUAGUGUUGCGUGUUCCAGGGAAAGGAUCUUGGUCUGUCAAAUGCAUUUCGCGGAGGAACGAUGCUAAAGUUACUUGUGGUUGGAAGGCGUUCGUUCUGGACAAUAAGUUAAAAUAUGGUGAUGUUUGUGUCCUUGAAGUGAUUAAUGAUACUAAGCUUUCCUUGAUAGAUGUCUCCAUAUUUCCACUUUCCAGGGGUAUCUGAUGGUACAAACUGAGUCUAUCAAUGCUGAGGCGUCGGUUCCAUGUUCUCAACACAUAGAUACAUCCUAUCAAAGAGCAAAAGCUUUUACGUCUUGAAAAUCAAUUCUUCAACACAUAGAUCCAUUCUUUGCCAAUGGAAGUAUUCCUCCCAACAAAAAUUAGAGCAAUUUCGCCCAAAGCAUGUAAAACCUCAGAGUUUUUUAUUUUGUAAUAUUAGCAUCUUGUAUGGAGGUUUUUUUUCAUGAACUUCUUGUGUAGAGUUGAGUAUGUUCAAG